AACCCCACUAAAGCCUCCCAUACGAUCACAGAAGGUGAAGGCGGAAAAAUGCGACUAUUCACAUCAAAAAUCCUCCGCCGCUCUCGGCUGUCGCCGCCGCUCUCCCAGUUUUCUUCUUCGCAUUCGUUAUUCGGUAGCUCAAUCCAACACCACCACAACCACAACCGGCCGCUUAGUUGUUUCCGUCGGUGCUCGUCGGUGCUGCUGUCGCCCCCACAUCAUUAUUGUUUUUCUUUUUCUCGACGAUUUUCUUCUCAGCCCAAUUUAUCUGAAUCUGAUGACCCGUUCCUUCCAGUACAAGCUCUCAUAUCGCUGCUCGAUGCUUAUCACGAUGCUACUGACUUUCCUUGGUGGAUAAUAAUCUCGUCGUCUACGGUGGCAAUGAGACUUGCAUUAUUUCCUUUAGUCGUGUUGCAACUUAAAAAAUUGAAGAGGAUAGGAGAGGUCUUGCCUAAAUUACCUCCACCAUUUCCACCACCCCUGUCAGGACGAAGUUUCAGAGACCAAAUUGCCCUUUUUUGGAAGGAAAAGAAGGCUGCUGGGUGCCCUUCAGUGUUUUGGUUCAUCUCAUCAUUUACUUUCCAGGUCCCUUGCUUUUUCUUGUGGAUCAUGAGUAUUCGCAGAAUGUCAUUGGACCAUCACCCUGGUUUUGAUAGUGGAGGAUUUCUAUGGCUCCAGGACUUGACUGGAUAUCCACACGGUGUGUUGGGGCCUAUUUUCCCGUUGAUUAUUGCAGGCUUGCAUUUCACCAAUGUUCAGGUAUCUUUUCAAAAAUCAUCAUUGCAACACGUACCGGGUUCCUUAGGAUUAUUAACAAAGAUAUACAGGAUCUAUCUGCAACUGCUGACACUGCCUAUUUUGAUUGCUACAUUCAAUGUUCCCCAGGGAUGCUUAGUAUAUUGGCUUACAAAUGGUUCUUUGAGUCUGAUACAGCUAUUAUGUCUCCGCAAUCCCAACGUUCUUGAGUUUCUGGGGCUUCCUAUAAAAAAAAACCCAGUAGUAGCUCCAACUAAUAAAGAGAAAGGCAGCUCAGGUGUAGCAGAUAUUUGUAUACUGACAAAGCAGGGAGAAAUUUCUGCUAAUAGCCUAUCACCUGCAGAAUUGGUUGUGUAUUCAGUCAAAGUUUUAACUGAUGGCCGUAGGGAUACUGCAAUCAGAUUACUGAGACUUGCUCUUGAAAAGGAUCCUGAUCAUGCAAGAGCUUUGCUUAUCAUGGGGCAGACACUCCUACAAAACAAACAAUUUGCUGAAGCUGCUGAGAGCCUAGAAAGUGCUAUUUCAAAGCUCCUUGUGGCCGGCCAUCCUACAGAAGUUGGAAAAAUUGAUCUUUUGAUACUUUCAUCACAAUGGGCGGGUAUCGCUAAUAUUAGGCAGGGAAAGAUGGAGGAGGGACUUCUGCACCUAGAAAGAAUAGCUCAACUGGAAGAGCCUGUGGAUCCAAAGAUCAAGGCCCACUACUAUGACGGUUUAUUUAUGCUGGCAAGUGCUUUACUGAAUGUGGACCGUAAAGCUGAGUCAUUGAAGUACUUGCAGAUGUGCGCCGCUUAUGAUCCUGCUUACAAUACCUAUUUUGAGUUCUUGGAAACUGAUUCAACAGAUUUUGCCAGUGAUCUAGCUAGCAGCAGGAGAGAUUUCUGAGUCAGUAUAGCAUUUUGAGAGUUUCAUUUCAUUCCCUGCUUUGCAUUUUUGUUACUCUGGGACAUAUUAGGUGCAAAUUGGAAAGCAUUAUACCACUCUUUUUCUCAACCUAAUAAGAUGUCGUAAAGUGCUAGGAGCAAAGUGGAUUCUGGAUGCGCCAUAACAGCAAGUGCACACCAGAACUUGAUACAUCCAUGAAAAAAACUAAAACAUGUUUACAUUCUCUUGUCCAUGUGGGGUCAGGUCUUGUUUUGUUUUUAUCCGAGGAUUUGGAUCAUGGUGGUUGUUGUAAGAGAGGAGAGUAAUACAUGUAUGAACGAUUGACACAUGAUUCAUGUAUAAUAUGAGGAUGAUGUAGUUAUCGACACA